AUGGACGAAUCCUUCCUCCUAAUGCUCUCAAACCUCCUCCACCUCCACAACUCUUUAGACCCAUCAACCUCCCUCCUCUCCUCCGCCUCCUCCACUCCAUCUUCCUCCUCCGUCACCUCCUCCUCACCUUCCUCCUCCCUCCUCACCACCUCCUCCGCCGCGCCGCUCCUCUUCUUCACCCUCGCCUCCCUCCUCUCCUUCCUCGCCUGCUCCAAACCCAACAACAAGAACCGCAAAUCUGGCAGCUCCCCGCGCCCCGCGCCGCCGGCGAACGGCGCCUACACCGUCGCGGUGUUUCAGUCGCUCAGCAACGAUUGGACGUCGGCCCCUCUCCGCGAUGCGCAGUGGAGGGCGCUCUACGGGCUGUCCUACCCUGUUUUCACCAAAAUCGUCGAGAAGCUGAACCCCCACAUCGCGGCUUCCAACCUCUCCCUCCCUUCCGAUUUUGCAGUCUCGAUGGUGCUCUUCAGGCUCGCACAUGGCUACUCCGCCAAGUCGCUUGCUUCCCGGUACAAUCUCGAACCAUACUUGAUUUCGAAGAUCACUAACAUGGUUACUCGCUUGCUGGCUACUAAGCUUUACCCUGAGUAUGUUAAGAUCCCGGCUAGUAAGCGUAGGUUGAAUGAGGUUACUCUAGCUUUCGAAGAACUGACUUCACUGCCCAACAUGUGUGGAGCUAUUGACGGAACCCCGAUCAAGCUUCGUUCUUUCCCGACAAAUGAAUCGAAUCUGUAUCGGUGUGAGUACGGGUAUCCUGCGCUACAGCUGCAGGUUGUGUCGGAUCACAAGAAGAUGUUCUGGGAUGUCUGUGUGAAGGCGCCGGGAGCUGUUGAUGAUGCAACUCAUUUCAGGGAUAGUUUGCUGUACAAUCGGUUGGUUUCAGAUGAUAUUGUGUGGGAUAAGGUGAUCAAUGUUCGAGGUCACCAUGUGAGGCCCUAUGUAGUUGGAGAUUGGUGUUACCCUUUGAUGGCGUUCCUGAUGACGCCCUUCUCGCCAAAUGGGUCGGGGAGUCCUGCGCAGAACCUGUUCGAUGGGAUGCUGAUGAAAGGGAGGUCUGUGGUCGUUGACGCGAUCGGGCUGUUGAAGAGCAGGUGGAGGAUCUUGCAGGAUUUGGAUGUGGGUCUGAGCCAUGCCCCGCAGACGAUUGUUGCGUGCUGUGUGUUGCAUAAUGUGUGCCAGCAGAUGAGGGAGCCGGAGCCUGAUGUUUGGAGGGAGCCAGAUGAGACUGCUGCUCCUGCGAGGGUGCUCGAGAGCGAGAAAUCGUUUCAUUAUUUCGGUGAUAGCUUGCGGCAGGCUCUUGCUGAUGAUUUGCACCACAGGCUUUCUUCAAGGUAG